UUUAACAAAUACAAAGUCCAAUCAAUGUACUUCGCGUAAUUUAUCGGUUAUGUGUGGAUUAUUCGUCUAUUUCCAUCGAAAUGAACAGCGACCGGAUCCUUGUACUGCAAACGGAUAACCAAAAAGUUAGAGAUGUCUUCCAAAAGUCCAAAAAAGACGUCAUGGAGUAUAUUGAGACUAUUAAAAUGUGGUUCAAGACCCAACCUCAUUUACCAGAAGUUCCGAGUGACCAGUUGAUUGAAACGUUUCUAGUAACAAAUAAAUUCAGUGUGGAGGAAACAAAAAAGAAACUGGACAUGUACUACACCAUUAGAUCCGUAAUGCCAGAAUGCUUCAGAAAUAAAAAUCCGAAACUGCCGCAUAUGCAGGAGAUAUCAAAAAAUAUCUACUACUGUCCUUUACCAAAGCUGACUAAAGACCUAUUCAGAACAAUCAUAACAAAAAUAGGUGGCGAUCCAUCUAAAUUUGAUGUAUACAACCUCUUCGCUCAUCAAAUGAAUAUAAAUGAAAUUUUAAUACAAGAAGAUCUCAACUUGGGCGACAUUCUCAUAUUUGAUCUCGAACAUUUACAGAUGGGACACAUGUUGAAGUUCACGCCUAUCCAUUUAAAGAAAGCAGAUACCAUUUUGCAGAAAGUUUUCUCCAAUCGAAUCAAAGCAAUUCACCUACUGAAUUAUCCACCAUUUAUUGAUAAAUUGAUGGCAAUUUUGAAAGCAGUACUCAAACAGAAGCUAUUAGACAGGGUAAGUACCAUACAUACAAUGUGUUGAAUCAAUCAGUGCUUU